AAUUUAUGUUAAUGGAACAGUAUACAAACGAAUUGAGCCGUAAAAACAACGUUGCGAAUUUAAACGAAAGUGUUAAGAAAUUGUUUUUAUUAAUUUAUAUAAAUAAGCUAUUUUUUUGCGCAAAAACAGGAUAAUGAGAUUAUUAACAUUGUGUGCAGUAUUGAGUGUGAUACUAGCAGUAUCCUUGGCUAGUCCGGUUAAAAGACAAAUCCGUGAUGUAUCCGAUGAUACAUCGUCUUCGGAAGAGAAAGAAGAGAUCAAAGUGAAUAAUAUUGUGAAGGACAAUAAUGAAGACGGAGACAACAACUCUUCUGGUUCUAGUGAAGAAACGAACAAGAAGCAUAAUAUUGUAAAAGAUGAUCCUCAAGAGGGUAGCAGUUCGGAAGAGGUGGCAGAUAAACCCAAAGAACAUCAUGUUAUAGUAGUGGUUGAUGAUGAUGAAAUUUUGGAUAUUAAGAAGCGACUUAGACGUGCUCUAGAGAGUGAAGAUGGUUACUUGAAACGUUUAGGACGCAGUGCAGAUACUUCGGAAGAGAAUUCUUCUGAAGAGGAGAAAAAGGGUAAAAAACCUGCUGCCAAUGAACAGCAUAAUGAGGCUGGCCAUGAGAAUGCUGCAGGAGCAGAAGAAAAACAUGCUAACGCUCCAGCUGAAAACACAGAUGCAGCACCAGCUGAUAACGCAGAGGCCGCACCAGCUGAAAAACCAGAUACUGCUCCUGCUGAAAAACUAGAUGCAGCUCCUGCUGAAGCUGAAGCUAAACCUGAAGAGGAACACGUUAAAACUGAUGCGGCCAGACGUAGAAGAAGUGUUGAUGCCUCCAGCGAAGAAAAUCAAUCUGAACAGGAACAGGAUGUUAAUGAAGUCUUUAUUUUCAGCAAUGAAAAUCAACAGGAUUCCGAAGAGAAUUUCAAAACUGAUCAAUUGAAAAACAAUGAGUAUGUACUUAUAAAAGUUAAUUAUGAUUUGGAAAAUGUAGAAAAGUCUCUGGAGAAGAAUACUUCAAAUGAGGAUUAUGCCCAAGGAUGUGGAGGCAGCAAUGGUAAUCAAGACGAAGAUUCAAAUGAAAAUUCGAAUGAAGACAAUGAAACCACAAAUAAUGCACGAUAAAUUUUUGAAAUUGUUAAAAACUAUAUAUUUAUAAUUAAAUAAACAAUUAUGUAUAAAUAAGUAAAAUAAAAUAAUUUUUAAAUAAAAUAAAACAUAAAUAAAUUUA